GGGAAAAAGCAAGAGAGAGAAAAAAAUCUCCGAGGGAGAGAGGGAUUAUCGUUUCAGCCUCUGCAACGCUGAAAAUAAUAUACUCUCACUGAUAGCAAAAGCGCGAUUGGUGAGUUUUGAAGCCUUGAGUUCCCGGUGAAGAAAAAGAUACCGAAUGGAUAUUCGACUUGCAUUUGGAAGCAUUUCAUCAUACACUUUAAGGCCUGAUUCAAGAAACAGAAACGCUUUCAGUUUUAUACCAUAUUGCUCAAGAAAAGACUCCAAACGACAGCCCCAGCAAAAUGGGAACAACGACGGCGACGACAGAAAUGGAGGUGACAAGUUCUCAACUGAUUGGGACAAGGCCUGGUCAAGUUACAGGAAGCGAGGGAAGAAGACCCUGUUUUCACAGUUUUCUGACAAGUAUGUGAGCUGGAACCCCAGGCGUUCUGACUACCCACUGUCUGAGGAAGUUGAUCCCAUAAAAAGAACAGAGAAGUCAAACCUCAAGUUGUGGACCAGUCAGAGUUUCACUCUUGGCGGUGCUAUUCUUAUAGUCACGCUUCUUUUGAUCUACACCAUUCUUGCACCAAUCAAGUGAAUUCAUUUGACUUUGUUCGCUACUUAGAAACAACUUUGUGCUGUAAUGAUCCAUAUUCAGUAAGCGAGUUCAGGAAAGGAUCAUGUAAAAUGUAACUUGAUGCAGCAGCUUCUGUGAGUAAAUAUGGUGAAUCUACUGUUUUCCAUAA